AUGCACAUGCUCCAGAACCCGCCGCCGACGGAGCUCGUCCUCACUCCGCUGCGCGACAGCCUUGGCGUCAUCGACCCUCUGUUGAAGAAGAAGCUACUCGGCCCGGGAAGAGGACAGCUCCACCUGCGCCGCACUGAGGGCGGCUGCGGGGGAGUCCGCACGCUGCGUCGCUUCGGUCAGUUUGGCCCUGAGGGCUGCGGUCCUGCCCUUGGCCUCGACCUUGAUCAGCCCCAACCUCAUCCCGUAUUCGCGCUCGAAGGCCGAGCGAGCUUCCACCACGCGGUGAUCGACUUCUUCCUGGGCUCGGGCUUCGCGCGCAGCAACGUCAUCCUCCGCCCGGAUUUCCACGCGACGGCCGCGUUCCCGCCCGUGCCGUGCCCACGCCGCCUCGCCACCGACAUCCUCUUCCCCGCGGCCGCUGCUCCCGGCGUUACCCAGCUGUCAACCCCCCACCGAGGCACCGACGAAGAAAGGAAAAUCCCCUCGCCGUCUCACUGCCCCACGGGCCCCGCUUUCCUGGCCCAACCUGUCAGUCCCUCCCGUCGCCAAAGCCAAACACACACCAGGAUCAUUAGAUUCGAAACAGAUCUCAAGAUCACCUCCCCCCGUUUGCCAUCUUUAGUUAGUUUCAGCCCCACCUCGCCUCCCUCCAUUAAAGCCCGCGCCCUCCUCCUCCGCUCCAUUCCCCUCGCCACCGCCCAGAUCCAGACCAUGACGGUGCCGCCGUCGCCGGAGCCGUUCCGCGUCUUCGUCGGGUACGACCCGAAGGAGCACGAGGCGUACGAGGUGUGCCGCCGCAGCCUGAUCCGCCACGCCACCGUGCCGCUCGACGUGCGCCCCAUCCGGCAGCCGGACCUGCGCGCGUCGGGCCUCUACUGGCGCACGCGGGGCCACAUGGAGAGCACCGAGUUCUCCUUCACCCGCUUCCUCACCCCCUUCCUCGCCGGCUACCGCGGCUGGGCGCUCUUCAUCGACUGCGACUUCCUCUACCUCGCCGACGUCGCCGAGCUCAUCGCCUCCGCCGUGCCCUCGGACGCCGCCGCCGCCAAGCGCCUCGCCGUCGUCUGCGUCAAGCACGAGUACGCGCCCCUCGAGACCACCAAGAUGGACGGCGCCAUGCAGACCGUGUACCCGCGCAAGAACUGGUCCUCCAUGGUGCUCUACAACUGCGCCCACCCCAAGAACGUCGCCACGCUCACCCCGGACGCCGUCAGCACCAAGACCGGCGCCUUCCUCCACCGAUUCUCCUGGCUCGAAGACGACGAGAUCGGGGAGGUGCCCUUCGUCUGGAACUUCCUCGUCGGCCACAACAAGGUCGACCCUGACGACCCGACCACGAAGCCCAAGGCCCUGCACUACACCUGCGGGGGACCCUGGUUCGACAGGUACAGGGACUGCGAGUUCGCCGACCUCUGGAUCAAGGAGGCCGAGGAGCUCAGGGCGGAGAAGGAGAAGCGCAAGGCCGAGAAGGAGAGGCUCGAGCUCGAGGACGACGAGGACGACGAGGGGAAUUGAUGGAUGAUGGGGCCGGCCAACAAGUUUUACUGCAUUGCAUUGCAUUGGUCCUUUUGCGCCGUGGGAAUUCUUUCGAUUCAAUCUGUUUGUUAUGCUGGUUUCUUGGUAUAGGUGGUAGGGGAGGCCAUGAGUAGAUAGCUCGAGUAUAUUGGUUUAGUAUGCUCUUGUGUAGUAGCUGCAAUCGAUCUAUGAAUGAACCAGUCCUCAUUGCCAAGAGAUUUUAUCCUUUGGCCUUGCGCCUAUCAGUUC